AUGGUUGACUUCAAUUUUCAGCUCAUGUCCGGGAAGCUACCAAUGGAAAGCGAAGUUGAAAUUGGAACACUCCUCAUUGAAAUUGCGCGUUUUUCUUUUGGUGCCCGAUUAUUUCGCUCCGAAUGCAGCCCCCUGAAUGCGCGGUACAUUGAUACUAUGACAGCCCUGGGACUGAGCAGGUUCCAAGCCAUAGAGCCGGCAAGCUACAACUCGAAUCUGGCGGCGUCGACGUGGAAGUUCGACCUCUGCGCCUGGAAAUCUAUGGAGGAACAACUGCGAUUUCAAGGCCGAUGGUUCGUCUUAAAGAACACCAUGCAGGAAGACACGGAGGCCGCAAAGCAGAUGCACGAUGAUCCUGAAGAGCCACUCCCAGACCUGGCAAAUGUGCAAGUUGAGCCAACCAUCUUUGAAGACCCAGCUGCGUUUGAACCUAUGGAACAGCCAGCCCAAUCCGCAUCUCAACCUCAUGUCGGGCCAGUACAAUGGCCCCAGGACAGUGAGAGCAUGGAAUGGUCUUCUGGAUCAUAUCUUACCGGAACCACACCUACCAAUGACAGUGGUACCUCAUCGGGUCUUGGCUACUCAGAUUCGGCUCAGUCUCGCUCGAACCCGUCUACAUUUCACGAUAAUAGUCACACCGGCAGCUCCUCUGGCAGCUCCGUGCCCCGUCCGCUUGAAGCAAGUGGACCUUUCAAAGUAGGAGAUGGGCAGGCGUCACCCAGUACUCAGGAAGAGAAGACGCUCGUCUGGCAAGGAGCUGCUGCUAUGAAAGCCCUCAGAGACGAAGAAGCCGCACGGGCGAUGCCACCACCAGAGUUACCUAGAAGAUUGACUCUGCCAUUACAGCAGAGUUCCCCAUCAAACUCUUCUUCAACUACAGAUUACCCAGUCAAUGCAAGUGGGAGCAUGGAGAUUUACUCACAGGCUUCUACUUCAUAUGACCCAAAAGGCAAACGACCAGCUUCUUCAUCUUGGAUUGGCCAGCCAGGUCCUAGUACAGAAGCAGCACGGCCAGCACAAAUGCCAUACGACUAUGAUGAAGAGCAGUCCGUCUCUGACUCUUGGCCAACUUCUGAAACAUGGCCAGACUCUGACCCAUGGCCAAAUGCUGACCCAUGGCUGACUUCUGAACCAUGGCCGAACUCGACUGAUCCUGGCAUGGAAGAGGCAUCGGCAUCACAGGCCGUAGUGCCAUACGACCGCAAGGGCAAACGCCGGGCUUUUGAGCCGUGGCCGAACCCGACUGAUGCUGGCAUGGACGAGGCAUUGCAGGCUGUAGUGCCAUACGACCGCAAGGGUAAACGCCGGGCUUUUGAACCGUGGUCCAACCCGACUGAUACUGGCAUGGAGGAGGCAUCGCAGGCUGUAGUGCCAUACGACCGCAAGGGAAAACGUCCAGCUUCUGUGUCAUGGGAUACGCAGCCCAAGCGGCCGUCACCGCUGCAUCAAAGCUUGACUUCAGAGGGAACGGUCACCGCCAAUAUGCAACUUUCAAGCGACUCUGUGGAUCAUCAAAUACUACCACAGUCUUUGAACGCUGCACCGGAUGCUGCCUCGCCACAGACAUCUAGAUUGGACUGCCGUACCCAGCCCCUCUCUCCCACAGAGUCUUUCACCGUCAUAUUCCGUGGAGGUUGGCACACCAAACGUGUCUCCGUCCUGGGCUCUAAGCGCCGAUCAAAGGCGGCUAUCAGGGACCAGUACUGGGCCGGCAAUUCACAAUCUACUGUCAACCCCUCUCGCCGAGGUAGCACAGCCGAAUACAGUGCUGACUUCUUCUGA